AUGUCGUCAACACCCGACCCUGAGAAAACAGAGGGCCUACCGACAUCCUCCCCGCCCUCUAUACGCUCCUCCAGUGACAGCAUCACCUCGGCGCCGUCAGAAGACCAAGACACCAGCAGCGAAAAGAAGACGGCCCGCAGCCUGGUCCAGGAAGAAGAAGAAGACCAAGAAGACAACUCCGAGCUUCACCACGAUGCCCUCGUCCCAACCGUCAGCAUAAACACGGCAGCACAGCCCACAGGCGACACCAACGCAGCAGCCGGACAGGAAGCAGCAGCCGGACGCUCAAGAUCUCGUGCCUCGACCACACGAUCUAGGGCCCUCACCAUCGUUCCUCGCUCCCAAAGACGGGGCGUCCUGGCUCGCCUCGCGCUUGUCCCCGAGGUUGAGCGUCCGUACGAGUACAAGAACUCGACGAAAUGGGGCAUCACGCUGACCAUUGCCCUGGCCACUGCCGCCGCCCCCCUCGGCUCAUCCAUCUUUUACCCCGCCCUGCCGGAAAUGACAAAGAGCCUCCACACCACGGAGGACAUUGCCAACCUCUCCGUGGCCCUCUACAUGAUCUCCAUGUCCAUCUUCCCCCUCUGGUGGUCGUCCUUCUCGGAGCAGUUUGGCCGCCGCUCCAUCUACAUCAUCUCCUUCGCCCUCUUCCUCGUCUUCGCCGUCUUGUCGGCCGUCUCCACCAACGUCGCCAUGCUCAUCGUCUUCCGCAUCCUCACCGGCGGCGCCUCCGCCUCCGUCCAGGCCGUCGGCGCCGGCACCAUUGCCGACAUCUGGGAGUCGCGCGAGAGGGGCCGCGCCAUGAGCACCUUUUACCUGGGGCCGCUGCUGGCGCCGCUCAUUGCGCCGAUUGUGGGCGGCGCCCUGGCCCAGGGCUUCGGGUGGAAGGCCACCAUGUGGUUCCUCGCCAUCUACGGGCUCGCCAUCCUCCUGCUUCUCGUCUUCUGCUUGCCGGAGACGCUGGCGCGGAGGCCCAAGAUCGAGGAAGAAGAAAAUCCCGCCCUGGAAUCGUCCAUCCGCCGCAUGACGACGGCCGAGUCCGCCAAGGUCCGCACGAGAAACCUCGCGGCCAGCGCGAAGCGCAUCUUCAUCGACCCCCUGAGCGUGCUGCUCUUCCUGCGCUUCCCGCCCGUCUUCAUCACCGUCUUCACCGCCGCCAUUGCCUUUGGGGCGCUCUUCAUCUCCAACAUUUCCAUCCAGCAAAAGUUCUCGCAGCCGCCGUACAAUUUCAGCGAGAUCAUCAUCGGACUCAUGUACAUCCCCGCGGGCUUGGGGUACUUUGUGGCGUCCAUACUCGGGGGCAGAUGGAUUGACAAGAUUAUGGCGAGGCAGGCCAUCAAGGCGAAUCGAUAUGACGAGAACGGCAAGCUGGUCUACCUGCCCGAGGACAGGUUCCGUGAGAACAUGUGGCUGGCGAAUACCAUGUAUCCCAUUGGAUUGCUGAUAUACGGAUGGACGCUCAACUACGGCGUCAUCUUCAUUGUCCCGGCCAUUGGCAGCUUCAUCUUUGGCGCAGCAUCCAUGCUCGUCUUUUCCGCCGCCACCACGAUGCUCACGGAAUUCGUCCGCAAAAAGAGCUCCGCGGGCGUCGCCGUCAACAACUUUGUCCGCAACAUCCUCAGCUGCGUGGGCGUCAUUGUGGCGGCCCCCUGGAUCAAUGCCGUGGGCGUCGGCUGGGUCUUUACCACUGUGGCCCUCUUCUGCAUGCUGGCGGGCUUCAUCGGCAUCUGGACGCUGAGGAGGAACGCGGCGCGGUGGAGGAAGCAGAUGGACGAGGCAUUGAAGGAUUACUGA